GGUUCUUGUUCACUGCUACGGUCAAUGGAGACAUACUACUACUCUCAAUUCAAUCACGCGGUCGUCCAUGUCGCUUUAUUCGAUGAUGUGACAAACGCCGCCGCCAUCAGGUCUCGCAUCGUUCAAGCCGCCAGAAAUCUUGGUGUCGAUGGAAACACUGAGCGUGAAGCUGUUAACUUUGCCUUUAUUGAUGCACGGCUGAUAUCAAGUUCACUUCACCUUCAGACAGCAAUUUAUCAGGCCCUUUUGUCAGAGACGCAGGGCCAACUUCGGACUAAAACUGUCCACUCAGAAAUACUAUGGGCACUGAACCCCACCAAUAACAUUACUGAAGCCAUCCGACGAUAUGGGGUAUCGGAUGCGUCGACCACACUCAUUGUUGUCCGCGUAGACGUCUCAGAUACCCCUAAUAUACAGCGCCGUAUGUGUGACAUUAUCCAAGGGUCCAUGGUGCCUUUUCGAGUGCUGGGUCAAAUAACGGAUUGGUCGAUUAUCAAAAAGCAUUAUAAGUUAGACUCAGAGUCAGCCUUGAAAGAGGUGCAAGGGAACCAGGAUCGAGAGUGUUCCAUCAUCGACAAUAUUGUUGUAAGUUCAGUAGCAAUGAAGAAUGUCGCGGCAUGAAUUCGAUUACUGGUGACAUCCAGCAAGUCAUCCAUAUCGCCCGAUAAUGUCAGGGUAUGACAUCGAUAUUUUGACACGCCAUGACGGAGUAUAAAGGCUGACAUGGUUGGCGAUACAAUGAUGGUUGACAGUGGUUGACGAUACUGGUAGGAAGACUGUCAGCCUCCAAUUUCUGGCAUAACUAUAUAAGUGCACCUCCGCCCCCUUGAACACACAGUGUACUGCUUUCAUCUUGCGAUUAUCUUACUGCUUUACCAUGGCUCCCACAUCCACUCUCAUGUUGCUUUCUGCAGUGCAUUCAACCACCAUCCUCUCGGGCCCUUUCGUCACUCCUUCGACCACUCCGCCCCCCGGCACGACUGUCCUUACCUAUGAUCUUUGGAAAGGCGGCCUCGUGUG